AACUCACUGCAUCUCCACCGGAAUGACGCCACAAGCCGGCUUCCAAAAUUCUCAGAUUUGAAGUGCGCUUGCGCAAAUGCUACUAGGGCGAAGGGUACAAUUGAGUAACGCCAGGAAUGACUGGGUGCGUCCCCCCUGAACUCACAAGCCACCUAAUUGGACGCGGGGAGAGCUUAAUGCGCAUGCUCUUGGAUGUUCCCUUCCUGGAUUGGUGUAUCCAGGGUUUUGGUUUUUCAAUUGGUUAAUGUCUAGGUGGGCGGGGAAUGAGCUGGGAGAUUUGAAUUUGAAGUCAGUAAAUUCCAAAAGCUGCACUAGGAAGUUGCCGAGGAGCGCUGGUACCCUUCGGUUUGUGGAGCUGGUCGUCAGCAUGUCGUUUCCUAAGGCGCCCCUGAAACGAUUCAAUGACCCUUCUGGUUGUGCACCAUCUCCAGGUGCUUAUGACGUGAAAACUUCGGAGGUGUUGAAAGGGCCAGUGUCCUUUCAGAAAUCACAACGAUUUAAAAAACAAAAAGAAUCUCAACAGAAUUUUGCUGUUGACAAGGAUACUACCUUGCCUACUUCAGCAAGAAAAGUUAAGACUUUGGGAUUAAAGAAGGAAUCUCAAAAGAAUGAUAAAGACUUGAAGAUGCUGGAAAAAGAGAUCCGCAUCCUCGUGCAGGAACGUGGUGCUCAGGACAAGCGGCUCCAGGAUCUGGAGGCCGAGCUGGAGAAGCUGGAAGCAAAGCUAAGUGCCGUGGUCAGGGAGAAAACCUCUCUCUCUGCAGGUAACGCUUCCCUGGAGAAGCAGCUUACCGAACUAACCAGGACAAAUGAGCUGCUAAAGUCUAAGUUUUCUGAAGAUGGUAACCAGAAGAAUCUGAGGGUUCUAAGCCUUGAGUUGAUGAAAUUUAGAAACAGAAGAGAAACUAAGAUGAGGAGUAUGGUGGCUAAGCAACAAGGCAUGGAGGUGAAACUGCAGGUCACCCAGAAGAGUCUCGAGGAGUCUCAGGGGAAAGGAGCACAGCUCGAGGGAAAACUUGUUUCAAUACAGAAAGAAACGCUUGACGAAAAAUCUGAUACGGAAAAACUCUUAGAAUACAUUGAAGAAAUAAGUUGUGCCUCAGACCAAGUGGAAAAAUACAAGCUAGACAUUGCCCAGCUAGAAGAAAAUUUGAAAGAGAAGAAUCAUGAAGUUUUAAGUCUUAAGCAGUCUCUUGAGGAAAACAUUGUCAUCUUGUCCAAACAAGUAGAAGACCUGGAUGCUAAAUGUCAACUACUUGAGAAAGAAAAAGAAGACCUCAUUAACAGGGACAGAGAAGAGGAUGAAAAUCUGAAGUCUGAAAUGCAAAACUUAGAAGAGAAGUUAAUUCUUGAAAAACAAGAACAUGAAAAGCUACAGCAAAGAGAGUUGGAAAUUGAUGCCCUUCUGCAACAAGAGAAGGAAUUAUCUUCUAGUCUUCAGCAGAAGCUUUGUUCUUUCCAAGAAGAAAUAAUGAAAGAAAGGAAUCUCUUUGAGGAAGAAUUAAAGCAAGCUCUGGAUGAGCUGGAUAAACUACAGCAAAAGGAGGGACAAGCCGAACAGCUGGUCAGACAACUGGAAGAAGAAGCAAAAGCCAGAGCCGAAGAGCUGGUGCUUCUAGAAGAAAAGCUGAAGGGGAAAGAAGCUGAACUCGAGAAAAGUGAUGCUGCUCACGCUCAGGCCGCCCUGCUUUUGCAGGAAAGGUGUGACAGUGCGGUGCAAGGCCUCGGAGAUGUCACCGCUCAGUUCGAAAGCUAUAAAGCAUUAACAGCUAGUGAGAUAGAAGAUCUUAAGCGGGAGAACUCAUCGCUUAAGGAAAAAGUGGCCAAGGCUGAGAAAAGCGCAGAGGAUGUUCAGCAUCAGAUACUGGCAGCUGAGAACUCGAAUCAAGAAUAUGCAAGGAUGCUUUUAGAUCUUCAGACCAGAUCAGCACUUAAAGAAGCAGAAAUUAAAGACAUCACAGUUUCUUCUUUUCAAAAAAUCACUGAUCUGGAGAACCAACUGAAGCAGCAACGGGAAGACUUUAAGCAGCAGCUGGAAGAAGCAGCAGCAAGACAGGCUGGAAAGGAAAAUACAGUGGCAGAGUUAACUGAGGAAAUGAAUAAGUGGCGUCUCCUUUAUGAAGAACUGUAUAACAAAACAAAGCCUUUUCAGCUACAACUGGAUGCAUUUGAAGCAGAGAAACAGGCCUUGCUGAGUGAACACGGUGCCGCUCAGGAACAGCUGAACGCGCUCAGAGACUCGUAUGCUAAGUUGUUGGGUCAUCAGAACCUAAAGCAAAAAAUCAAGCAUGUUGUGAAAUUGAAAGAUGAAAAUAGCCAACUCAAAUCGGAGGUGUGCAAACUCCGCUCCCAGCUUUCUAAAAUAAAGCAAAACGAGAGAAAACUUCAGGGGGAACUGAAUAAAGCUCUGGGUAUCAAACACUUUGAUCCUUCGAAGGCUUUUCUUCAUGAAAGUAAAGAAAAUUUUGCUCCCAAAACCCCACUAAAAGAAGGCAACACCAACUGCUGUUGAGCCCCCCAUAGAGUUUCAGGAAUCAUUCAAGCAAACAUCUGAAAAACCAGUCGAAGAUUAUUUUAUUUUUAUUCUUUGCUAUUCUUUAUUUUUAUUUCAUUGUUAUUAUUGCUGUUGUUACUGUUGUGUUUGUUAUGAAUACUUUGAAAUAUAUUUAAUAUUAACUUCCUAUUUUUGGGUAUCUAAAAGCAAGUUCAACAUUUUUCCCAAUAUGGCAUCUGACAUUUUGUUUUCUAUUGCCAAUGCCUCCUCCCUGAUGCUCAUUUUCAGCACUUCAUUCUAAACCUCCUACCUGGCUUUCCAGCUUUACAAUUCGUCCCAUCCGCUGACAUUCCUUUAAAAAAUCACUAUUCUGUCAUUACCCUCCUAUUCUGAAACCUUAGGUGGUUUCAAGAUGCUGAUCCCCAGGUUUUUAGUUUGAUCCUGGACAGCUUUCCUCAUCUGAACCUCUUAAGCUAGGACAAAGCACCUUGGCCUGUUCUUGCCUCCACUUUGAUUCUCCUAAUAAUGUUUCCUCUGUUUCACCCACCAGACACUUAACCCAGUUCAAGUAAGAAGUAAGGGCAUGCUUAAUCGCAUAGUAAUCUCUUUAUCUCUUAUCAGAGUCACAAGCAGGUCAAUAAUUUGCAGAUUCCUAGACUCUCUCCCAGGCCUACUAAAUUAAAAUCUGCCUUUUUUCCUGAAAAUCUGCACUUUAAACAAACUCUGCAGUUAAUUCUUAGAUACAUCAAAAAUCUGAGAACUACUGCUCUUAGCUACUCUUCAAAGAAUUUUUUUAUACCACUUGGCAUCAGCCUGACUAGUGGGUAUUUGAUUACUAUUUCCGUAAUGUGAAGUGAAAGUCACACAUUAAGUCAUUAACCUAAGUAUUCAACAUAUAUGAAGUUAUAUUAAUGCAUGAAUGAAAGGUGUGUUUAUUAUCUGUGUCCGCCCCUCCCUUUCUUGUCAAUAGAAUUACAAGUGGCAGUAGACUAUUUAGAGAGUGGUAAUUAUCUAAAAUUUCUGAGUUAGUUAGUAUAUUAUAAAACAUGUAAAAAAUAUGUCUCUAUUGAUGUACUAACGAACUUAUUACAAUCAGAUUAUCUUUUCAUAAUAAAUUAUUGUAUUGUGUCUUAAUA